GUACGACUGUACCAUCUGAAUUCGUCUUGAGUACCACGAACGAUCAAUUAAGCGUCAACGAGACGCGUUGUUCAGCUCAGCUUGGAAGGAACAAAUUUAUGACGAAUUUAGUUUGGACGAAACGGACACCGCGGACAUUUUAGCGCGACCCGGAGCCUAAUACCUCGGGAUGCAGAUAUGACUCACGCUACGUGGAAGCUGUACGACAUAUCGCCUAAAUAGGCAAUGCUGGAUACAUAUCGGACUCGCAGAGGGCGCACAGUAGAGUCAUUGGCUAAACGAAUCUCUAUAUAGACUUUCGUUGGGCACUCAACAUCGAAGACAGUAUCAGCCCCCAGAAACUUUACCCCACUUCAGAUCCGCGAUAAACGUCGUCAUCUGUUGCUAGAGCCACAGCCAACUAUCUGCUAUUGCAACUACGACCGACUCCUGUCUUUCCUCUUCAACAAAAAAAAAGAAGACACAAUCAGGUCUUAAGAGCCGCUUCAACCAACAUGACGCAACCAACAUCCGUUGAUAUGACCUUCGAUACUUCCCUUGUGGACAUCAACCCGCCCUCAAACGUCAAUGCCUCCUUCUCAACUACGGACUCGGGCUCAACAUUGGACGUUCAACAAAACCCCACGCAGGCUACAAGUGCAAGCAACACCUCCAAUUCAGUCCAGCAUAUUCCAACUCAAGCUGCCUACGACCAAUGGGCUUCCAUCUACGAUACCGAUGGCAACAUGCUGCAAGCAAUUGACGAUCUGGAACUUCAACAAGUUCUUCCAGAAUUCUUGUCGCAGGUCAAGAACAGCAAUGUCACAAAAGAGAAGCUUCAUGUCCUCGACUUGGGAUGUGGGACUGGACGAAAUACAGGAAAGCUCGUACGCUAUGAUUGGAACGGAAAGAGCAUCGAAGUUACUGGUCUGGACUUUUCGCAGGGUAUGUUGAAUGUCGCCACUAAGAAGCUGGCUACGUCGAUUGAGGGUCAAGAGAAGGUGCGGUUAAGACUGAAGUGCUGUGACUGCUUUCCAACAGUCAACGAUCCAUCGACAUCCCCAUUGCCUGCUGUUCAAAACCUGGAGCCAAGUCAUGCAGUCAUCUCUACUCUAGUAUUAGAGCACAUUCCGCUAGAGGACUACUUCGCCACGUUGUGCACGUUGCUCUUACCAGGUGGUACAGCGCUGGUAACCAACAUGCAUGCAGACAUGGGUCGUAUCAGCCAAGCCGGCUUCGUCAAUGCACAUGGUGUGAAGGUUAGAGGAAGUAGCUACGUCUACACAGUUGGAGAGACUGCAGAGGCAGCCAGAGCUGCGGGACUUGAGGUGAUAAGUGUGAAUGAGCGAGAGAUGAGAAAGGAGGAUGUUGAGAGUGGUGCUGUGGGCGAGAGAGGGUGGAAGUGGGUUGGUAUGAAAGUUUGGUAUGGCAUGGUUUUCAGAAAGGUCUUGUGAGCUAUCGUGAAUUUAACAGUUGGAGC